CACAGAAGGUCCCAAACUGUGCUGAAGGAUGAAGAAGCUGAUUGUUUUGCUUUAUUUACUGCCAGCGGUCACAGAGUCUUUUCAUGCCUAUACUCCCCAAGAUGAGGUGGUUGCACAUCUCUAUACAGAUGUUCAGUUGUCUUGUUUCUUCAGUCUGUCAAAAGAAGAUCCGACUCUGAAACAUGUCAUUGUAUUCUGGAAACACAAUGGUGUUGAGAUAGCAAGAUUUAUAGAUAAGAAAGUGACCAACAGUCACAUGGCAUUGCUAACAGAAAAUGAUCUGCGCAACGGAAACGCAUCGCUGCACCUCAGAAACAUCACAGUGGAAUAUGAAGGGGAAUACGAAUGGCUAGUGUAUGAAACUCCAUUACAACUUCAAGGCAAAGUGCAGCUUAAAGUAUUAGGUUCCCCUACUGUCUCCCUAAUGCCUCUUCUCUUGGUGAUGAACUAUUCAGGCACACUGGAAUGCCGAGCUGAAGGCUUCUAUCCUAGGAACAUCUCUAUUGAGUGGCUGAGAAACUCUGAGCCUAUAGAUUUACAGGAGCUUCUGGAUUACCACAACAAUCCCGAUGGCACCUUCAGUGCCAAGAGGCGCUACAACUACACAUCAACUGAUGAGGACAUCGAAGCAAACGUCUCAUGUAAAGUGACCCAUGAGUCCUUGCAAAAAGACCUUGUGGAGCAUCUCCAUACCUGUAAGCUGAAAGUAUCACCCACAACUCUGCUAAGCGGUGAGGACCAGACUAUCACCUGCAAGCUGAAUGACUGUCUCAAUAGAAGGGUCGACAUGAGGUGGAGGAAAAAUGACAUGGCUUGGAGGGAACUGGAGUGCGAGGUAGUAAAGGAAUGCUUGUGCAAAGCGACCUUCAUAGCGAAAGAUACAGAUGGGAAGGGGCAGGAAGAAGAACAGAAGAACAAGAUUUUGUGUGAAGCAGAGAUGGAAGGGCUUGAAAGGCUGCUAACUGAAUGUAUCCCUAUUACAAUUCAAGAUGGAUCUAAGCGUCUACACUGGGCUGUUACAUGUGCCUUAAUCCUGACUGCCCCACUUGUACUGACUACACUACUUAUAGUGUUGUGUCGCUGUCUGCGUUAAAAUUAAAGUUACUUUCAAGACCUUUGGUGCGUCAAUACAUCCACUGAGCAAUCUCUUGGAAUGGGAGCUCAGAAUAAGCACAAGAAGAGACAACAAGACCCCAGCACCAGACUCUCUCAAGACCCUGCUUCAGUCAGGAAAAUAUAUCCCCAGUGUAGAGUGCCUAUGGAGGGGUUGGAUGGCCAGGUGGUCUUUAUCCACCACAUUUAUAGUUUCAGAAAGAGCCUGAGGGGUCAAGAUGUUAAUUUUCUUCAUAUUUUACAUUAAUUGUAUUUUUUUUAAGUUUUCCCCUCCUCUGUUGCCUCCUGGCCUAAGAAGUGUUAAUCAUUCUGUAAAAUGUCACCUUACAUGUAAUAUUCAUUAUUUUGAAGCAUGUUGUUACUUAAAUUUUCAGUUAGUAUUUUGUUGAGAUUGUUUUCAAAAGCAUUUUUAAAUAUGUUAUAGAUGUUUUGCUACACUGCAUGAAGUUUUAUUUUCAAGUUUUGCCUUUUGGAUUUGUUUCCAUCAUAUCACCUCAAGUUUACUUUUAUAAGUUUCUUUCAUAAAAGUGCAUGUUUGUGAUAUCUUUGGACAGACCAUUGCGACCUUAAUGGGACUAGUAAGGCCAGACUUUAACACAACUGUUAAACCCUCACAGAAGAGCACAAAUCAAUAUAGACGGACAGUUAGCAGAGCAGAAAAAAAAGAGUUACUGGUACCCAAUUCUGUCUCGCCCGCAUUACUUUAUCUGCUGUUUUUAGUUACAGACUUCGUUUACAUAAUCUUAGAGAGUUGAAGGCAGUUACAUGUGACCCAUCCCGACAAAACCAAACAAGAUCUGACAAAAAACAAUAGUUGCCUGUGUGUAAUCUGUCUUUUCUUAUGUGGAGACUCAGCCCGGACACAGAAAGGAAGACACCAGCAGCUCCACAACACACACACAUUUAUUUACACUAUUUACUGUACAUUAGUCCUCAACACAGUCCCGCACAGCACACAGUGCAACUGAACCAACCACUCUUAAAGUCCGGGCCUUCCAAUGGACCUUCCUUUCUUCACCACCUCUCUUCCUCUCUCCCGAGCUUUGCCCUCUUCCUCCCGACUCCGGCUCAUGACUGGAGGAAUGGCGACCUCUUUUAUACCCACCCGGACAUGCUCCAGGUGCCCUCUGACGAUCUUCCUGCGGUACUUCCUGGUGUGGCGGAAGUGCCACAUGAAC